GCGACGCGCCGGCGGCUGGCGCAGCCCUUCGCUCGCCCGGCCUCCCCCUCCCCGGUUCCGCGCUCUGGUUCCGCCAUGGAAUCCAACAAGGAUGAAGCCGAGCGCUGUAUUAGCAUCGCCCUCAAGGCCAUCCAGAGCAACCAGCCCGACCGGGCACUCCGCUUCCUGGAGAAGGCACAGCGGCUGUACCCGACGCCGCGCGUUCGCGGCCUGAUCGAGUCCCUCAACCAGAAGCCACCGUCUGCCGGUGACCAGCCCCAACCCACAGACACGACCCACGCGACCCGAAGGAAAGCAAGCGUGUCGGACGCCCCCUCGGCCAACGGCGAGGCUGGAGGAGGAGGAGAGCCCACCAAAGGCUACACUGCGGACCAGGUGGCCGCCGUGAAGAGGGUCAAGCAGUGUAAAGACUACUAUGAGAUCCUGGGCGUGAGCAGAGGGGCCUCUGAGGAGGACCUGAAGAAGGCCUACCGCAAACUGGCCCUCAGGUUCCACCCAGACAAGAACCACGCGCCUGGCGCCACGGAGGCUUUCAAAGCCAUUGGCACAGCUUAUGCAGUACUCAGCAACCCGGAGAAAAGGAAGCAGUACGACCAGUUUGGUGAUGACAAGAGCCAGGCGGCCCGGCACGGCCACGCGCACGGGGACUUCCACCGUGGCUUUGAGGCCGACAUCUCCCCGGAAGACCUCUUCAACAUGUUCUUCGGCGGUGGCUUCCCGUCUAGUAACGUGCACGUCUACAGCAACGGCCGGAUGCGCUACAACUACCAGCAGAGGCAGGACCGCAGGGAGAACCAGGGCGACGGCGGACUGGGGGUAUUUGUCCAACUGAUGCCCAUCCUCAUCCUGAUCCUCGUGUCGGCUCUCAGCCAGCUCAUGGUCUCCAGUCCACCCUACAGUCUGAGCCCAAGGCCGUCGGUGGGCCACGUUCACAGGCGCGUCACCGACCACCUGAACGUCGUCUACUACGUGGCCGACACCUUCUCCGCGGAGUACACGGGCUCCAGCCUGAAGACGGUGGAGCGGAACGUGGAAGAUGAUUACAUCGCCAACCUCCGGAACAACUGCUGGAAGGAGAAGCAGCAGAAGGAAGGCUUGUUAUACCGGGCCCGCUACUUCGGCGACACAGACAUGUACCACAAAGCACAGAGGAUGAGCACCCCAAGCUGUAACCGACUGUCAGAGACCAUGAAAUCCCUGGAGAAUUUUUGGUGACAUGCACUGAGCCAAGGUGAUGAACUGUAUAUUUCAGGAAAGACAUAAAAAAGGAAAAAAAAAAACACAUUAAAACGGAUUGGAGGCCGAACGCCACACAACUGUCCUCUCUCACCCAGUCAAUGCAGAAAGCUCUAGGACCGCCAGGAACCUGCCAGGGCUGCUUCCCUCCCUCCCAGCUGGCCGAGGCGCGGGCUCCACAUCGCUCUCUCCUAGGAUACAGAAACCAUGGCAACAGAAGCAGAAUGUAAAACUUAGCAAAUGUCUCCGGGAAGGGCUGGGGGAGGGGACCCCACUGCCUUUCUCCCCUUCCCAGGAGCCACCACCAGUCACCUCCGUGGAAUCCAGUCAGAGGCGUAGGCCAAGGAUAGAGAGGAGGAGGAGGAAAGAACUUUCCAGAAAUGUAACUUAUAGAUGCGUGUAUAUGUAUAUAUAUCUAUUUAUAUGUAAAUAGCACAUAUAAAGAUAUAUAUAGAUAUAUAGUCUACUUUUUAAGCUGCAGGGAUUUGGUGAAUUGUUUAGCUGAUUUCUUCCCUGAUUCAGAAAACGGACUGUUGGGGAGGCAGCCUGGUCCUUCGCAGGCUAGACAUCGGCCACAGCUGACGCGGAAGGAGAGUCGGCCAGAGCUUCUACCAUUCCCCUCCCCCCAGCCUGGCUUGGAUGGCAGCAGCAAUCAUGAUCGUGUGAAUCCUAGGACGCUUUUGAAGAGGCCAGGCUUGUGGUUAAGCUGGAGGGGAGAAGGUGCCCUGAGGGCCGGGGCAGGUCAGUGUGGAGUCGUGGGAGAGGCCCCAGGUGGCCCUCUGGGGUGAGACCAUCCACCUCAGGCUUUGGCCGGCUCGGAUGGGCUCUGUCCUGGUGCCCAGGAGCCCCUGACCUCCUGCCUCAGAGAGAGCAAGGCUGGGAGAGGGACCAGGUUCUGCCUAGCCGCCCCCUCACCCCCGUCCCCGAGUGAGUCUUGCCUUAUAGGUGCCACACGGCACAGCUCCAUGUUGCCACUGGUUUUUCCUGAGUCGCACACCAAGGACUCCGGAAGGCUCUUCCUCCAAGAGUCAGCCAGCUGGUCCAGGACCCCCAGGCUGCAGCUGACUCCUGAAGAAAGCCAGAGCCUGUGGCACCUCUGUCUCCGCCUCCGCGGACAGGAUGCCACCCAGCCUUCUGCACCUGGGACAGAGGAUGCAUCCGAACCGAAGGGUUCCUUGUCCUCACCUUCAAAUGAGGAUUUUUUUCUCUCCAAACAGCAGUUGCUGCCAGGGAGAGGGAGGUUUUAUUUAUUCCCACAGUUUCAGCUGGGCCUUUUGGAAUUGCCAUCUUCCUCCCGGAUUGUCCUCUGGCGCUGGGUGUACCGUUGAGCCUGCCAUCUUCCAAAGCCUUACUCCCCCUCUGCCAGCGAGGAGGCGAUGACCGCCCCCCCAGAGUUCCUCCCGGCUCCUUUUAUCAAGUCCCCCAACAAGCAGGAUUCUUUCUGGGAAAGGAAGCUGGGAAAGAAAUGUCAGGUCUGGUUUUCGAACAAGAUCCUGCCCGUGACGAAGCGGCCACCGGCCCGGAGAGAGGUUAAGAGCUGGACGCAGCCCUGGUGCUCUGCCCACCGUCCGGCGGCUGGUCCCGGUAGCCGUCCCUCGCGGGGCUGAGCCAUGUGCAAUAAGAACACAGAUCCUAAAGGAUCCCCCGAGAAGCUGUAUUUCUUGAAUUAGAAUUCUGAAAUUGUACAUCUAUAAAUAUGUUUAUUAUGUGA